GAUUUUUCUUGACUCCUCUGACCCGUGUUUUUGGGAAUGCGGCAGUGUGUAAGUAGCUAGCAGCCAUAGCUCAAUGCUAGCAGUUAACCAGUAGAGGCAGCGACCAGGGGAGGGUCUGCCGGAGAGGAAUGCUGUUGAUUAGGGUUAGUGAAGAGUGUUGUGAUCAUAUUACAGAAGGGGAAACCUUGUCCGCGGUGCCACAUUGGAAGCGCUCAGGAAGCCACUGCAAAAACGGCUACACUUGAUUUUCUUCUCCAGAAUUUUGUUUGAAAGCCAAGUCCGAUACGUGCAACAUCUGUCUCAGCAGCAGACAAACUCAACAAAUGAAUUUUUUUAAAGAAUGGAUAUGCCAUAGUACCCGGACUCGACGGGUGGGGAGGAAAGUGUUAUCUAUUUUGCUGGCUAACUAGCUACCAUUAGCUGUACCUUUGAACGCACAAGCCUAUGACAUGUCUCUUGGAAGCUCAGACUUGUAUUGCUUUUGUGAGAACGGUGUCUGCUAGAUACAGUUUUCAGCCCUAUACAUUGAGAAGUGACUAUGUCAAUUUUAACUGAAUUACGGGACACAUCAAUUGGCCACAGUAUGGUCUCAACAAAUGCAGCUCGGAUUAACGCUACUCAUCAUAGUUCUUAGCCUGCAAGCUAGUUAGGCUAACCUGCUAGCUGGAAUAUGGGGCAACUCUGCGCGCCGCCUCGAUAAACAAACAAGACUUUGAUUUAUUGCUAGAUAUGUGUACAUAAAAGGAUUGUUUCUCAUUUGUCAGUUGUUACAUUGUCACAAAGACAAUUUAUUCUCCCGGUCCUCGAUGUUGUCCCAGUUGGUAUCCCAUUCGCGGUCCUCAUAGUUGAUUGUAUCCAGCAAAGCAGUCAUGUUUGCUGUCCGCAUCGUUACCGCUGACUACUACCUUGCAAGUCCUCUCAGAGACUUGGACGUCUGUUCUAACGAAUUCAGAGAAAGUGAUGUGAAGAAAGUACCAGUGGUUCGGAUUUUCGGGGCAACACCAGCAGGUCAGAAGACGUGCCUCCACCUCCACGGUGUCUUCCCGUACCUCUACGUGCCCUACGAUGGCCACGGGCGGCAGACGGAAGGCUACCUGCGUCAGGUGGCUUUCAGCAUCGACAGGGCCCUCAACGUGUCCAUGGGAAACCCCUCCUCCAACGCGCAGCACGUCUUCAAAGUGUCUCUGGUGUCUGGCAUGCCUUUUUAUGGAUACCACGCCAAGGAGAAGCAGUUUAUGAAGAUAUAUCUGUACAAUCCUCAGAUGGUCAAAAGGGUGUGUGAGCUGUUACAGGGCGGCGCUGUCAUGAACAAGAGCUACCAGCCCCAUGAGGCCCACAUCCCCUACCUGCUGCAGCUGUUCAUCGACUACAACCUGUACGGCAUGAACCUGCUCAGCCUGGCAGCCGUCAAGUUCCGCCGGGACCCGCGGCGCAAAGAAGAAUCCCACCCAGACAGAGAAGGGUCAACCAACAAUCCUGGAACCAGCCCCUGGAAGAGCCCCAGUACCUCCCUACUGAAUGACAGCACCCUGGGGGGGAUGUUGGCCCGCUGGGAGGAGGAGGCACUGCCCAGUUCUCUGUUUCUGGAGGAUGUGGAGAAACAGAGUACAUGUGAGCUGGAGGCGGACGCUGUGGCUGCUGAUAUCCUGAACCGCCUGGAGAUUGAGAAUCAGAUUGGCAGGAAUCCUGGACUGCAGGCCAUCUGGGAGGAUGAGAAGCAGAGACGACGAGAGAAGAACCAGUCGUCCCAGAUAGAGACCCCACAGUCACAAGAUCGUGGGUUUGUCGCCUUGACGGAGAGUGAGAGAAUCUUCAUGAAGAGAUUCAAGGAGAUUCUGAAGGAAAAAGAGUUUGAAGUGACUCAGUGUGGGCCUGCAGAUGACACCCUGGAGGAUCCGCUCUCAGCUGAACUGUCUCUACACCCUGAUGUCCUGACACCGGAGGAGGUGCGGUGUACCCCAGCCAACCAGACGGAGGUGCACAGAGACUCCCAGACAGACGCUAAAAGAAGCAGGGGUGAAGAACUGGAGGCCAUUGUGGAUGAGGAGGCUAUUCUGAGUCUGUUGGAGAGCAGUCAGACCUUCCUUCCCCGCUCACAGAGAUCCAACCACUCCCCCGUUCUCGAUGGCAGCCAGGACCAUGCUAUGGUCAACCUGCUAGCAGGCCUGGAGGAUGAUGGGUACCGGGCGGCCCCGAUGAGGCAGAACUCACAACAUUCUCUUCCCGGCGGAGGGUACACUCACUACAACAGUGACGAGGAGGAGGAGGGGCCUGAGCUGGAGAGGGAGGAGGCAGAACUCAGUCUGAUGAUGUCACAGAGAUGGGAUAACGACCUUCCAGAACAGUCUUUCAGACAGAGAUCUGGUGUGAAAGACGCAGAGGAGAGCUCCAGUGAAGAACCCCAGGACUCCUCCGAUGAUGAGAUGGAGUGGAGCGGCGACAAUUCUCUCUUUGCCAACCUGUCCAUUCCUCAGCUUGACGGUGCUGCUGAUGAAAACAGUGAUUCAUCUUUAACGGACAAAGGAUCGAGGACCCAUUCGUCCCUCACUGUCACUGAUAAGAUCCUGGGGAAGAGGAACCCCUUUCCUGGGGAGACAGUCCAUCUGGAGCCUCCACCCUCAGCCAAGAUCCUCCUGGAGUGCAAACAUCCGGAGCACCGGCAGGCCAUGUCUCUGGACACGGAGGAGCCAACUGAAAAGCACUUUCUCGGCCAAAACAGUAAAGAGUGCUCCACAAGGUUGAAAGUGAAAAAAGAGAUUCCCUACAUUCAGCCGGUCAAACAUCCCAUCCCCUGUAACAUUGCCAACCAGGCCGAGGUUUCUCAGAUCUGUGCUGACAAAAUGGACGUUGUUCGGCCUCUUUACACCUAUGACAAGAAGUCAAUGGCUCUGGAUGAGUCGGACCUGGAUGGCUUUUCGUUCAGUAAUGGGAAAAUCACCCAGAGCAGGAAAAAGUACAGUAGUAUAAAGAAUGUAGAGAAAAAUCGCUUGUCCAUCCUGCAGAACCAUAGGAGCUUCUCCCUAUGUUACUCUGAGCUGAGGAACUGCCCCAGCAAGACCGAUCUGGAGCUGGGUCAGAAAGACUGUAAAAGCCCCAUACUGAGAAACAGCGUAACCCCAGCUCCCUGCCCAAUAGAAGAGGAUGAGCUCUUGGCACCGCAGGAGGGAGAGAUGGGCCAAGGUAGCGAGGAAGGGGACAUGGGAGAACUGAAAAUCCGGUAUGAGGACUAUCAGGAGAACAAGACGGAGAGAACCAUAGUGGCCCAGCAGGAGGCACACUACAAGUUCUUCCCCAGUGUCAUUCUCUCUAACUGCCUUAGCAGACCCACCAAGAAGGUGGUGUGUAAUAAGGUCAUCGACAGCUGUGCUAAGCUAGAGCAGGCGGAGCCCCGCCGGUCCAGGCUCAAGCUAAGCAAGAGGAGGUCGGUGGCAGUAGCUCAAAAGGGUAAGGCAAACGCAGCAGAAAGCCCAGGCACAGUUGGUCAAGUUGACACGGAGGGCCAAGUAGACAUGGCCUUCACGUCCAUCGUGCCAGCCUGCCAGAAGAUCACAAACACGGAGGAGAAGCUAGCGGUGAAGUCAGUCGCAGAGGAGGCCGGACUCACAGAAUCACUGCCAGAAUCCCCAGGUUCUGCCCCAGCUAUGUCCCCUACCGCUCUACCAGUCACAGUCGUGUCCUCUACCCCAGUCCCAAUCUCUGCCAUUCCCACUGAGGCGCCCGGGGAAGGCAGGUUGGCCCCACUGCCCGAGCUCCCUGCUAAAGUGACCUGCACGAAAGCCUCUGGUCUGCCCGGCAGCAAGUACACCCUGAGGGCCAAGCGAAAGAUGAGCUACGACAGCAGUGAGGACGGGGAGCAUUCUGGGGCUUCUCGUGUGAAGCACCCUUUGUCUUUUAGAGACCGCUUCAAAGACAGCUACGUCCUCAGCACACAGGGGCUCAAAUACCAGAAACGACGGAAGAUUUCCAGGAAGGAACCGAGAGAGCCACCCAUCAUCAUCAAAUACAUCAUCAUAAACAGGUUCAAGGGUCAAAAGAACAUGCUAGUGAAGAUGGCCAAGGUGAGUGCUGAGGAGCAGAGGGUGGUGCUGACCCCUGAUCGACUGGAGACGUACACUAAAAUGGCCCCGCUCAAGACCUUUUGGCCCAAGGUUCCAGAAUCUUCUGCGGUCAAGGUCCCCCUCGGUGAGCCCAAGGUUACUAAGAAACAGGUCAAACAGAAAGCUAAGGUCUACCCCGCCGCUACUAAGAAGACGAUAAUUAGCCCUCCCAAACCCAGGGUCAGGCAGGGGGUUGAGAGGCCCAGAAGGACUAGAGGCGUUAGAAAGGCCAUGACGCGCCCCUCACUGCCAUGCCCCUGGCCAUGUUACUGUGAAUUGGCCGAUGACCACACCGCCGAGUACACUGACGUGAUGGUGGAGUUGGGUUACCUGUCUGAGAGAUCCCCUAGCCCUGCUGAUUCAACGCCACCUCGGUGUUGGUCCCCCAGUGAUCCCCUUAUGGAAGCCAUGUCAUCUGAUGGGUUGAUGAACCCUUUUAAUGAUCCCUGUCUCAGUUCUGUUAGCCAGGACACCUGCCUGGAGUCCUUAGGCCGAGGUGCACGGAACCGAAGCCGAACUCGAAGUGUCAAAUCCAGCAGCCCAAGGAAGCGGAAUAAGGAUGGUAAAAAUCUUUCCGAGCGAGUAAAAAAGGAGUGCACUGCGAGAAGGAAAAGUAGUGGGACCCCAAGAAGGCGAAAAAAAGAUCUAGAAAAAGGUGAUGAAACUAGUGUGGGUGGUGACUCUGCUACUACUACUAAAACCACAAAAAUGCGUAAGCCUCGAAGGAAGAAGCAAGCUGAGGACCCUGCACAGCCAGCGCCUGUAAGCCCCAGGGACUGUGACAGCUCUCAGCUACUCUACCCAGAGGAUGAGCUUUGUCGUACUGAGUCUUCUUCAGAGGCAGUCCCUCCCUUUCAGCAGCCAGCUAACAAACCCAGGGACCGCACUGAUUGCUCCCAGGCCAGCUCUGGUCCUAAAACACUGUCCCAGUCCUCCCAGUCCAUUGAACCAAAGUCUGAAGGCAGUGAGAGCUCCAUAAUGGAGAUCAACCAAAGCUUUUCUCUUGAACUGCAGCCCCACCAACUGCAGGGUUGCGCUCUGAAGGCAGACGCUAAUGCUGACGACUGCACACUCCCUCAAGUGACAUCCCCCAAGGGCACCCCUGAAUCACCCUCCCCUCACUCACGCCUCAGGAACGGUGAGACCCUACCCGAGGAUACAUCUGGCCUGGCUGUUCUGAAGAAGCUCCUGCAAAAGAGGCAGCAGAAAGGUGGACAGUGUCUCCCGACCCAGACGGUUGGCACAGAGAUCGCCCCGUCCACCCAAUCACAGCCUGCUGCUGCUGCAACCAAGUCGUCAAGGCCCAGGAAGGCUCCCCUACCAGUCCAACGAAAACCCAGGGCCCCAAAAAUUACAGCGCCCAAGGAAAGGAAGCCCCGAAGCCGAAAGGGGAAGGCAAACUCGCAGCCGGAGUUACAUGUGAAGCUGGAGCCCACCAUGUCAGACGAUAGCCCGGUCUUCCUGUCAGACCCAGGUCUGGACAGCUGCUACUCCAUAGAGGACAGCCUUUCCCCAGAGCUCCCGCACAACUACAACUUUGACAUCAACACCAUUGGUAUCGGCAGCCAGGCUGAGUUCUCCAGCCUGUACAUGGGCAACCAGUUUGUUCUGACCGACAAGAACCUGCCUCAAAAGUUCCUGAGUGACAUCACCCAGGAGGUAAUCCCUUCCCUAGCGCUGAGUGUUGAGAAGAGGCCCAGUAGACUGUCUGGUUCAGGGGAGGAACUUCAUCGGAGCCUGUCUGGACCGUUGAGUCCUGACCUCUUUGACAAGCCGGAAAAUGGUGACUAUAUCUCCAAUCGUCUGACUCCUCUGGACUCUGAGAGGUUGCUGAGGAGCAGAGAGUGGGGGACGUCUCUAGGCAAACUGCACGGCCUCAGCCAUUUCCAGGGCUUUCACUGUGAAAGGAAAGAGCUGCUGUUCUCUGCCCUUGACCCCAUCUUACCUCUGCCUUUGACCUCUGCCUCUUUUGCUGACAACGAAGGGUCACCAACUGGGGACCUCCUGGAGGGGAACGACACUUUGACGUCAACCACGGCCAGUAGCUCUCCGCGCUCCGUAAGCUCUCUCUCCCAGGUGAAGGCCAGCAGCCAGCUCCUCAGGGGGACCGGGGGAGGGGGCCACAUCCUAAAGCCCCUCAUGUCCCCCCCCAGCCGGGACGAGAUCCUCACCACCCUUUUAGACCUGGAGAUGUCCGAGGCCACCUUCCAGGAGCCCUUCUGCAGCAACCCCUCAGACGCUCCAGGGAGACCCAGCGAGGUGGGUGGACGUAGGCUGACGGUGAAGACGAGGUUGGCCAAGGAGCUGGCGGAGUUCAACGGGGACCUGUCCCUGGAAGGCUUGCAAUUCUGGAAGACCGCGUUCUCCGCCAUGACCCGACCCGGCUCCACUCACACCAUGGGACCCGAGGCCACAGGAGAUCAGGAUCAGCUCAGCCCAUCCUCAGCCGGGGACCAGAAGGUCAUCCUGCUGCCCUGCCGAAGUGCGCCCAGCCGUGAGCGUGUCCAGCUGUGGCUGGAGGCCAGGAAACAGUACGAGCACCUGUGCAGAAGAGGAAAAGGCGUGCUGGAGAGGGGAAGGUUAGAACGGCCAAGAGAGGAGCAGCAAACUAACAGGACUGAACGGCCCGUUCUGUUCCACUGUCAAGCUGUAAAGGACGAGGAAGGGUUAGAGAAUCCCUCCGAUAUCAGGACUCCCAGGGAGAGGAGGGGCAAUCUGUCCCGGCACAUAUCACCUGUCGGUGGGGUUGAAUCUCAGGACAGCCCCAGGGGAGUGAAGCCUUUGUCGGAGGAUGAAAGCUAUUGUAAAUCUAGUUCUCCAGACUCACUGGACCUGCCUCCAUGGCAGCAGCCAACGCCACCCAGCCCCUCAGGACUCCACGCAGAUGGGGAGAGGGGGGCAUCGGACCUAGGAUCACCGCUGUCCCCCAGGCUCUGCGCCUCCCCGGGGAGGACGGAGGAGAAGCUCUUCCUCUGCCCCUCUCCCUUACCUUCCACGUCCGCCCAGGGGGACGGGGGGAGGACAAGCCCCAACUUCCAGCUCCACAGCACACCGGUCCUCAGAAGACGCAGGGGCAGAGGCGAGGCGGAGCCUGUGUGCAGCAGCCCAGUGAUGGAAGACACUGAGUCCAUGUCCCAGAGGCUGCAGCACAGGAGAGGGGAACACACUGACACCCUGAGGAGAGUGCUUCUGACCACACAGAUGAAGAACCAGUUUGCUGCUUUGAACGUUACAAAGAAAGACAACACUCAGAUUGAGGGCCCCAGCAUCUGCAACUCGUAUGGCUUUAAAGUCAGCUUGCAGAACCUCCAGGAAGCAAAGGCCCUGCACGAGGUGCAGCACCUGAUGCUGAUGGGUAUGGAGCUUCACGCUCUAACAAGACGGGACCUGGAACCAGACCCCGAGUUUGACCCCAUAUGUGCCUUAUUCUACUGCUUCAGCUCCGACGCACCUCUACCUGACUCGGACAAGACCGAGUUGACCGGGGCCAUUGUAGUAGACAAGGACUGCCUUGACUACGGCCAAGGUGUCAGAAGAACUGCCCCCCUUCUGGUCAGAUCAGGAGUGUCAGGAUUGCAGGUCACCUACACUGUGGAUGAGAAACAGCUGUUCCAGGAAGUUGUCACUAUCAUGAGGAGGUUUGACCCAGACAUCCUGGUGGGCUACGAGGUUCAGAUGCGCUCCUGGGGCUACCUCCUCCAGCGGGCUUCGGCUCUCAGCGUGGACCUGUGCCAGCAGGUUUCCCGGGUGCCAGGUGACACCAAGGAGAACCGCUUCGCUGCGGAGAGGGACGAGUACGGAGCGGACACCAUGACAGAGAUACACAUAGUCGGGCGCAUCAUCCUUAACCUGUGGAGGAUCAUGAAGACUGAGGUGACACUAAACAACUACAGCUUUGAGAAUGUGGCCUUCCACGUGCUUCACCAGCGCUUCCCCCUGUACAGCUCUCGCACCCUGUCGGACUGGUUCGACCACACCACUGACCUGUACAGGUGGAAGAUGGUGGACCACUACGUGAGCCGGCUGUGUGGAACCAUGCAGCUGCUCCAGCAGCACGACAUCGUGGGCAGAACCAGCGAGCUGGCCCGGGUGUUCGGGAUCCAGUUCUACCACGUGCUGACCAGGGGAUCCCAGUACCGUGUGGAGUCGAUGAUGCUGCGCGUGGCCAAGCCCAUGAACUACAUCCCGGUGACACCCAGUGUGCAGCAGAGAGCCCAGCAGAGGACACCGCAGUGCAUCCCACUGGUGAUGGAGCCCGAGUCUCGCUUCUACAGCAACUCGGUGGUGGUGCUGGACUUCCAGUCACUCUACCCGUCCAUCGUCAUUGCGUACAACUACUGCUACUCCACGUGUCUGGGCCACGUGGAGAACCUGGGAACGCAUGACGAGUUCAAGUUUGGCUGCACCUCCCUGAGGGUCCCACCCGAGCUCCUGUACCAGCUCCGCAACGACAUCACCGUCUCUCCCAAUGGCAUCGCCUUUGUCAAGCGCACGGUGAGGAAGGGGGUCCUGCCCAGUAUGUUGGAGGAGAUCCUGAACACGCGGUUCAUGGUGAAGCGAUCCAUGAAGACCUACAAGCAGGACAAGGCCUUGAUGAGGCUGCUCGACGCCAGACAACUGGGACUCAAGCUUAUUGCCAACGUGACGUUCGGCUACACCUCGGCAAACUACAGCGGACGCAUGCCCAGCGUGGAGGUUGGUGACAGCAUCGUCCACAAGGCCAGGGAGACCCUGGAGAGAGCCAUCAAGCUGGUCAACGACACCAAGAAAUGGGGAGCCCAUGUUGUGUACGGUGACACGGACAGCAUGUUUGUCCUGCUUAAAGGAGCCACGAAAGAGCAGGCCUUCAAGAUCGGCAACGAGAUCGCAGAGGCCGUGACUGCAACCAACCCGAAACCUGUCAAACUGAGAUUUGAGAAGGUCUACCUGCCAUGUGUGCUCCAGACAAAGAAGCGCUAUGUGGGCUACAUGUAUGAGAGCUUGGACCAGAAGGACCCAGUGUUCGACGCCAAGGGGAUUGAGACGGUGCGCCGAGACGGAUGCCCCGCUGUUUCCAAGAUCUUGGAGCGUUCCAUCAAGCUGCUGUUUGAGACGCGGGACGUCAGCCAGGUGAAGCAGUAUGUGCAGCGCCAGUGUGUGAAGGUCCUGGAGGCCAAGGCCAGCAUGCAGGACCUGACCUUCGCCAAGGAGUACCGGGGAAGUAGCACUUACCGGCCCGGAGCCUGCGUCCCCGCUCUGGAGCUCACCAGGCGUAUGAUGGCCUACGACCGGCGUCUGGAACCGCGCGUGGGCGAGCGGGUGCCCUACGUGAUCGUCUACGGUAUGCCCGGCAUGCCCCUGAUCCAGCUGGUGCGGCGCCCCCUGGAGGUGCUUCAGGACUCCGGCCUGCGGCUGAACGCCACCUACUACAUCACCAAGCAGAUCCUGCCCCCGCUGCAGCGCCUCUUCCAGCUCAUCGGCGUCAAUGUGCUCAGCUGGUACCAGGAGCUGCCCAGAGUCCAGAAGGCGUCGUGCCCCACGGUGGCCCGCGGGGAGGAUGUGGGCAGGAAGGGAACCAUCUCCCAGUACUUCACCACGCUACACUGUCCGGUGUGCGACGAGCUCACCCAGCUGGGGGUCUGUGCCAGCUGCCGGGCCGAGCCCCAGAGGGUGGCUGUGACACUCUACCAGGACAUGAGGCUGUGGGAGAGCCAGCAAGACCAGCUGCUGAAGAUCUGUAGGAACUGUAGCGGCAGUGCUGAGCGACAGGUUCCGUGUGUAUCUCUGGACUGUCCCGUGCUCUACAAGCUGUCCCGGGCAAACAGGCAGCUCUCCAAGGCCCCCUACCUCCGGCAGCUCCUGGAGCAGUUCUGAAUCGGAACGUACGGCCCAGAACAGCACACCGCUACUCUGGUGCUAAACCAACGCUGUCCCACCCCGCUCAGUGUCUGUCUGUCUUUUCCUUUCAAUGGUGCUUUUGAUUGAACCCUGUUGGGUUUUCAUUUUGUCCCGUCGUUAUUUGUUAUACAAGUGUUUCUGAUCUGAGUGCAAGACUGGCUGAGUUUCACCUCCUGUCGUGAGAGAGGGGUUGGCAAAGGAGGUCAGUUUUUUAGGGCUUGUGUUUUUGUUGUCAUUCUCACUUGCUCGUUGUCUUCAUUAACUGCUAUUCGUUGGUUGUGAGUGAAGCUGAUGUUUUUCUCUUCAGAUGUUUUAUCUGAACGUAGGUCCGCGUCAUUGGGGUGGGAUUAACUCCGAUCAAAGACGACCCUGUUUUAUUUUGUAUGCGCUGUAGCAGUUUGUAAAUGCUAGACUCAGAAGUCUGAACAGUAUUUCUAAGGAGCUCCUUACGACACAACGAUUGAUUAAAAACGCCACUGUUUAACUUCAUAUCCCUUUUUAUAGCAAAUACAAUUUUGUAAAUAUUUACUGUACAGUUGCCCACCUGAAAUCUCAUUCUGCAUCAGCAUUAAAAAAAAGCUCUUACUACAGAGGACAAAUCAAGUGGUUUUUAUGCAUUCUGUUUCAGUGUGCCAUACAUUUGUUUCUUUAAGCCUUGAUUGUAUUUAUGUCCAUUUUUGCAAAGCAUAUCCUUGUACUCUAAGGCACAAA